AUGUGCUACCAAGAGACACGACUACAUGCCAUCUGCAACCACACAGCCACUGACCGUAUCGAGUGCUCUGACAAGUGCGCGCACUUCGACACCAUCGAGAUCCAGCUCAGCACGUACUGUCAGUCCUGCCGCCAGCAGGUCGACAACACGGCCAUCCUGAACUCGGUACUGCGAUGGAAACUUGCUCCCUGCCCGGGCCGGCGCAAGAAGAUACGGCCCACCAAGACCAAUGCUCUUGAACUCUCUCCCGCUUCAGGCCAGGCGAAGGCGAAACCAUCGCCCGCGCCGGCAAGAAAACUGUCAGGCGCAAAGUCCGUAGGUGCCCUCAGGGAGGCCGCCUCCGCGCCACCCACCAGAGAACUGCCGCCUACUCCCAAGAAGCUGAACGGCUCGGCCUCGGUGGACAACCUGGCGGCCUCGGUAAACAAACUGAGGCUCGCGUCUCCCCAGAGUAACACGCCCAAGCCGCGGCGUUCCCUGGACGAGAAACCGACGCCUUCAUCCCCACAAAUGCGACGGAGAGCCAGCGAGGCCUUCGAUUACGCUGCGGAGGGCGAUGGGCAGGGGCAGCUUACCCGCGCUCACACCGUCCCGAAGAGCAGGCCUCGGACUGCUGUUCCCCAAAGGGCUCCUCCUCCACCGCCUAUUCAGGACACCCCCAGGGCAGAUGAGCUCAAGUCCCCUCGGCCAUCCCUGCACAAAGUCCCGGAGCAACCGCCAAGGCCCGGCACACCGGUGGUGAGAGACAGCUACAUCACCAGACCCAGCACAAGCACCAGCACCAGCACCACCAACGACGCACGAAAGUCCGCCCUGGUGCAGCAGACACCGCUGUCGCCACCACAGCAGCAGCAGCAAUCACGGCAGGCUCCGGACGUAACAAGCCCUAUUCCCAGGACCGCCUGGUCCCUGCGGCGCAGCAAGUCGUCGUCGCGGAUGCUCGCGCUGGCGAGCACGCGUGACUACAUGCACGCCAAGCUGUGCGGCGGCGGCGGGCUGCCGUCGUCGACGCCGGCCAAGAACCUCUUCCCGCCGCCGCAGAAGAAGCUCAUCGAUAUCCACGACCCGGAGUGGCUGGCGAGGCACGGGCUCAAGUGGGACGCGCGCGGGCUGGGCCUGGUCAGUGCUGCGGUGUGA